GUUCGUUGUGUUUGUAAAUCCAACAGCUAGCUUGCAACCCUGAGGUAUAUCAGCAUACGGAAAUCUCCUUCGACAGGAGUGGAAACUAAAAAGGAAAGGAGGGAAUUCUCUGUCAGCUGCAGUCGUUUUUAGCGUGUGCUGUUGACAAACAUGUUGUCGGAAGGCAGCUCCUUUAUGAAGGGGAUAGCCCUGGGAGGCACAUUCUGCCUGUUGUUGUCCCUGUUGGGGAGCUUUACACCAGGCAUGCAGUCCAGCCCAGAGGACCACCACCACCACCACCACCACAUCAAGGCUCCCACCAAGGACGAGCUACAGAGCCUGUCUGAUUCCCAGAUGGUGGAGCUGAGCCAGAGAGUGCGAGUCUAUUGCGUCAUCAUGGUUCAGCCUUCUGUCCUGGUGUAUUGGUCCACAGCCAAGGACACCUGGGGUAAACACUGCGACAACGCCGUAUUCUACAGCUCUGAGUCGGCCAAAGCUCUCGAAGCGGUGGACCUUAACGAACAGGACGAGUGGGCCAAGCUGCGCAAGGCCCUGAAGCACGCAUAUGACAAUGCCGGCGACCUGCGCUGGUUCUUCGUGGCGCGGUCCACCACCUUCGCCAUCAUCGAGAACCUCAAGUACCUCGUUCUGGCAAAGGACCCCAACGAGCCCUUCUACAUUGGCCAUGCCAUGAAAUCGGGUGAACUGGAGUACGUGGAGUACCAGAGCGGCAUCGUGCUGAGCUAUGAGGCACUCAAGAGGCUGGUGAAUGUGUUCAAGGACGAGGACAAGUGUCCGGAGCGAGGCAGAGCCCUGUGGAAGCUGAGCGAGGAGAAACAAUUAGCUAUAUGUCUGAAGUACACCGGGGUCUUUGCAGAGAAUGGCGAGGACAUCCAGGGCAAGAGGCUGUUCAACAGUAAGAGUGUGGGUUCACUCAUCCAAGACAGCAUGGACAAAAAAAACUUGGACGUGGUGGAGGGCUGCUGCUCUGACUUAGCCAUCACCUUCAGCGGAAUGUCACCAAACCAGAUGCAGGUCAUGAUGUUUGGAGUUUACAGACUACGCCCGUAUGGGCACAACUUUCAUGAUUCCUUGAUAUUCCUGCCCCCUGAGGGCUCCGACAAUGACUAAAGUGCAAGGCGUCCCACUUUGGGGCAGACAUGGCAUUAACCUGCUGUCAAGUCCUGACUGGUGAAUAAAGACAGUUUUCUUAUUCAGUUUGUGAGCAUGAGGGAGGGUGGCAAGUACUUGAAGGAGGCAAAUCAUUAUUCUUAGUCUUUUAUACCUUUUUGAAUUUGCACUCUGCACAUAAUACCAUUGUGGAAAAGGAAUGAACAGAUUAAGAAAUUACAUUUGUAGAGCAAAUGUGUCACACAUUCCACAGGGGGCCAAGUGUCUGCGGGUUUUUGCUGCAACCUUGUACUUGAUUGAUGAAUCAAGGUCACUAAUUAGUAAGGAACUCCCCUUGCAUGGUUUAACACUAGGCCCUCCAUGGAAUGAGUUUGACAUUCCUGUAAUCUAUAGUAUAGAUCAUUUUUGUUUAAGACAAUUGACAUUUUUAUUGGUAUUUGUGGCUGAUUUUAUUUUAGGUUAAUAAACUCAGCAAAAAAAUAAACGUCCUCACUGUCAACUACGUUUAUUUUCAGCAAACUUAACGUGUAAAUAUUUGUA